AGUUACCAAAUGUUUAUUGCAAAAAGAAAAUGAACCACAAAAGAGCUAUGCAAAGACUACCAGUGACGAACUUAGUCGAUGUUGGAAACAUUUUAACACAGUCUUAUUGAGAAAGCUUGAUUAUUGA